AUGAAUUUGCGCGAGGAGGGCCAGGAGGAUCCCUCGGUCCUGUGCGUUGCCAUGGCCCCCGAGGAGGGGGGCGGCUCUGCCACCGGAGCUGAGGGUCAGGGGAUGGCGACAUCUGCACCGUCAGCUGGGACCAGAAAUAGCUUGGGCGCUCCUGACUGCAGCCCACCCCGUUGCCGGCGAGGCAGCCCCACGGCGGAACUCCACAGCUUGUACCCGCCCCCCGCAGACACAGACCCUCAGCGCUGCCAGGCCGUGGCCAGCGCCAUGCCCCUUGACCCCGCCGCCGAAAUAUCCCUUGACCACAGCACGGGCGAGUCCGCGGACGCCGAACCCGAGCGACAGGGCUCCCCCGUCCACGUUGACAGCCGAGGUUGCCUGAGCUCGGUGCGCGGGGAGAGGGCAGGGAGACUCUAUUGCAACCAGCUGUGUCCGACAUGUGAUCCAGUGGAAACGCGCGGCGGCUGCCAGGAGACUGCCUCCCCCCCUGCGGGCCGCCGGCGGGGAGCGGAGGCCCCGGCGCGUCACGUGAGCCUGUUUGCUGGAGGGCCGCCAGAGGUGAGCCGCUCGGACGGCUCCCCGGGCCAGCCAGGCGCCGGUGCCAGCGCGCGGAGGCACGAGACACUGUCCUGCCAGCGCGGCGUGAGGAGAGGCAGCCUGCCCGAAACGUCCCUGCCCGCCGCCGCCGGCGGCUUUGCCCGCAGCCUCAUGGGGGACGCCGCGGCGAGCGUGGCUGACAACGCGCGCUGUGGCCGCUGCAUCACGGACGGGUACUCGAGCCUGGAGCGGCCCGCCCGGCGGCACAAGGCGAAGAGCUCCGACGGCAGCUGCUGCCGCUGCCCCUCCCAAGGCGCAGCGGCUUUGAAAGCAGGCGCGGGCCCCCAAAGCGAGGGGAGCGGCGUCCCCCCGGAGGGCGAGUUCGUUCGCAACAAGAAAGAGCGCUCCACUCUGCUGGUGAGGAGGUACUACAAAAAUAACAGGGAGGUGAAGAAGUCAGUCUGCACUGGAACCCGGGCGAUCGUGAGAACCCUGCCCUCGGGUCACAUCGGAGAGAAGGCAUGGCAGGCUGUUUGCAGAAAAACCCACCAUGUGUGCGAGAGGCACAUUAGCCUGGCCAGGGGACACAGCGUACCGCUUCAGCAAGCCGCCCUGCGCGUCUGCAGACACCUCCUCGCCGCUCUUGGGGUCAGCCAUGCAGAGGUCCACCAUGCGCUGAGGGUUGAAGAGGCCCUGCUCCAUCCCUCCAGGAAGCUCCUGGCCGCUGCCGCCACCGCCGCUGCCUCACCGGGAGGCAGCACACCGCGUUGCCGGGACGCGUGGCCAUGCGCCUGCACCGCGUUGCCUAGCUACCGUGCCUCCUCGCAGAGAACCGCCGUCUCAGCACUCGUCAGCGGGGCACUCCUGGAGGCGACAGCGUCCCUCGGGGCCCGCAGCGGACUUCCCAGCGUCGCCGUGGGCUCCACGGGCAGGGCCAUACUCAAAGAGCGCCAGCUGUGUGGCGCGAUGGCCUCGUCCCCCACCCUGCCCGUCACCGUGACGGGCAUCAGCAAGGAGCUGGCGGACCUGCAGCACCUCAUCCAGUUCCCGGAGGAGAUCGCCAGCAUCUUGACGGAGCAGGAGCAGCAGCUGUACCGCCGUGUCUUUCCCCUCGACUACCUCUGCUUCCUCACCCGCGACCUGGGCACCCCGGAGUGCACCAAGCGCCACCCGCACCUGAAGGCCUCCCUGUCCGCCCCUGCCAUGUCCUCCCAGAGUGGCAACCGCAACACCGUGGAGGACCUGGUCACGCGCUUCAAUGAGGUGAGCUCCUGGGUGACGUGGCUCAUCCUGACGGCCGGCUCCAUGGAGGAGAAGCGGGAGGUAUUCUCCUACCUGGUCCACGUGGCUAAGUGCUGCUGGAACAUGGGCAACUACAACGCCGUGAUGGAGUUCCUGGCCGGGCUCAGGUCCCGUAAAGUGUUGAAGAUGUGGCAGUUCAUGGACCAAUCGGACAUCGAGACCAUGCGCGGUCUGAAGGACGCCAUGGCGCAGCACGAGUCCUCGUCCGAGUACAGGAAGGUGGUGAACCGCGCCCUCAACAUCCCGGGGUGCAAGGUGGUGCCCUUCUGCGGCGUCUUCCUGAAGGAGCUGAGCGACGCCCUGGACGGAGCCUCCAGCCUGAUCAGCCUGCGCCCCAAAUUCGACUCCCGGGAGGACUCCAUCGAGUUUGUCGCGGACUACGACGGCCAGGACAACUUCCUGCAGAGGGCGGGGAAGGACGGCCUGAACAACCCCGAGAAGGAGGCCACGGUCAGCAACAUCCUGCAGACCAUCCGCAGCUGCAACCGCAGCCUAGAGUCCGAAGAGGGGGAGGAGAACGGGCGCGAGGGCUCCUCCUCCUCCUCCUCCCGCAAGAAUUCCUUCAAGGACAGGAACAGGAACCAUUCUCUCCCUGUCGGGAACGCAUCAGACUCAGACCACGUCUUGUUCCUCGUUGGAGACCUCUCAGACUCAGAGGGAGAUUUGUCAGAGCAGGCCAAGGAGGCUGAGUUCCAGGGUGUGGAGGAGACACAGAAGGCCUUCACCCAUGGCACGGAGCUCAUACCCUGGUACGUGCUGUCCAUCCAGGCUGACGUCCACCAGUUCCUCCUGCAGGGGGCGACAGUCAUCCACUACGACCAGGAAUCUCACCUGACGGCCCGCUGCUUCCUGCGGCUGCAGCCCGACAACUGCUUCCUGACCUGGGCCAGGCCUCAGAGCAGCGGCAUCUCCAACGGCAAGACCAAGAACACGCCACCAGGGGGCACAGCCGAGCAGGCCCACUGCAAGUCCCAGUACUUCGGCCAGGUUGCACUGAAUGGACUGACGGACGGCUUCCUGGACAUGUCCAUCGUGAAGGCAGUCUUCAUGGGCCACCCCGGGGUGGACGUCCACGCCGUGUGCCUCCAGAACAAGCUGUGCAACAUGAACCUGGAGGAGAACGGCAUCACCCUGCUCUACGGGCUCCACACCACUGACAACAAGCUACUGCACUUUGUGGCCCCCAAGUACACAGCCCGCAUGCUGUAUGACGGGCUGGCAGAGCUGGUCAACGCGGUCAGGAAAAUGAAGAAGUUUCCCGACCAGAGGCUGCAGUGGCUGAGAAAGCAGUAUGUCAGCCUGUAUCAGGAGGACAGCAAGUACGAGGGGCCGACCCUGGCCCAGGCCAUAGAGCUGUUUGGAGGCAGGCGCUGGAACAUGGGGACGGCCAACGCCGAGAAGCCCAGCACUCAGAAGAACAGCCCCCUGGGUAUCAACACGGCCAAGAAGAAGAAGAAGGUCCUCAUGAGGGGGGACAGCGGGGAUGCCACGGACGACGAGAUGGUGGCGAGGAAGACGCGGAGCUGCAAGGAGUCCCUGGGCAGGAGCGGAUCCGACCCCACGGACAGCGUGGAUCAGGAGGAGCCGGAAGAUGGCAAUUCCCUCGGGCUCUCAGGAUCCCUCUCCUUGUCGGCCAGUAAAUCCCAGUCCCCCAGUGCCUCCUCGUCUUCCUCCAGCAUGUGCUCCUCCUGCCCUGCCCGGCCUCUCUCCUCCCCAGUCCUCUCCUCCAGCGCAAAGACCCCGGCAGGUGCCUGGAACAGCCGGAGCUGGCAUGGCCGAGGGAAGGGCUGCCUCAGGGGCUUUCAGAACUUCAUGAUGUCCGACAGCACCAUGAGCUUCACUGAGUUUGUUGAGCUCUUCAAAUCCUUCAGCAUUCGAAGCCGGAAGGACCUCAAGGACCUCUUUGAUGCAUAUGCCGUGCCCUGUAGUCGCACCUCCCAGGAGUCUGCCCCGCUCUACACCAACCUGAGGAUUGAUGACAAAAUCACAGGACUGCAGCCUGACCUUGACCUUCUGACCCGCAAUGGCUCAGACCUGGGCCUCUUCAUCCGCACCCGGCAGCAGAUGUCGGACAACCAGAAGCAGAUCUCGGACGCCAUCGCAGCGGCCAGCAUCGUGACCAAUGGCACGGGCGUGGAAAGCGCCUCCCUGGGGGUCCUGGGAAUGGACAUCCAGCAGCUCAACGACUUCCUGGUCAACUGCCAGAGGGAGCACCUCACAUAUGAUGAGAUCCUCAGUGUCAUCCAGAAAUUUGAACCCUCCGUUAGCAUGCGUCAGAUGGGUUGGAUGUCGUUCGAGGGCUUUGCCAGGUUUCUGAUGGACAAGGACAACUUCGCCUCCAAGAGCGAGGAGUCCCAGGUGAACGGGGAUGAUCUCCAGUACCCGCUGUCCUACUAUUACAUCGCGUCCUCGCACAACACGUACCUCACCGGCCACCAGCUCAAGGGAGAGUCCUCCGUGGAGCUGUACAGCCAGGUGCUCCUACAGGGCUGCAGGAGUGUAGAGCUGGACUGCUGGGACGGUGAUGACGGCAUGCCUAUUAUUUACCACGGUCACACUCUGACCACCAAGAUCCCCUUCAAGGAUGUUGUGGAGGCAGUGAACCGCACGGCGUUUGUCAACUCGGAGAUGCCCGUUAUCCUCUCCAUUGAGAAUCACUGCUCCCUGCCCCAGCAGCGUAAGAUGGCAGAAAUCUUCAAGACCGUGUUUGGGGACAAGCUUGUGACGAAGUUCCUGUUCGAGAGCGAUUUCUCCGAUGACCCCCUGCUCCCCUCCCCGCUGCAGCUGAGGGGAAAGAUCCUUUUGAAGAACAAGAAGCUGAAAGCACACCAGGCCCCUGUGGAUAUUCUGAAACAGAAGGCGCAUCAGCUGGCCCACAUGCAGGCACAGGCCAGUAACGGCACAGCAGCAGGCAGCUCCCCAGGCAACCAUGAGGAUGAGGAGGAGGAGGAAGACGAGUACGACUAUGACUACGAGUCGCUUUCUGACGCCGAUGUCCUUACCGCUUCUACCGCCUCCUAUGGCCAGGAAGAUAAUAUCCUGGACGAUCGACCAGAGGGGAAGUCGUCUGGUGACAAAUUCCAGUACGAGUCCAACGACGAAAUGCCCAAGAGGAUAAAGAAAGCAGACAGCUCGACUCAGAGCAAAGGGAAGAUAUUUGAUAUGGAGCUGGGGGAGGAGUUUUAUCUUCCCCAGAACAAGAAGGAGAGCCGGCAGAUAGCGCAGGAACUCUCUGAUUUGAUCAUAUACUGCCAAGCUGUCAAGUUCCCAGGCCUGUCCACCCUGACUCCGUCGGGCUCCGGCAGAGGGAAAGAUCGCAAGAGCAGGAAGUCCAUCUUUGGCAACAAUCCUGGUAAAAGCAGCCCCGGGGAGCCCGUGACGCUGGUGCGCGCCCCAGGGAAAGGAGCGUUGGAGGGCAUGCGCCUGAGCUGGGAGGAGCAGACGUCGCCCCUGCUCAGCCCCAGCACGUCGCUGAGCGCCAUCAUCCGCACGCCCCGCUGCUACCACAUCUCCUCCGUCAACGAGAACGCCGCCAAGCGCCUCUGCCGCCGCUACUCGCAGAAGCUGAUCCAGCACACCACCUGCCAGCUGCUGCGCACCUACCCGGCCGCCACGCGCAUCGACUCGGCCAACCCCAACCCCCUCACCUUCUGGCUGCACGGCAUCCAGCUGGUGGCUCUCAACUACCAGACCGACGACCUGCCGAUGCAGCUGCACGCAGCCAUGUUCGAGGCCAACGGGGGCUGCGGGUACGUGCUGAAGCCCCCCGUGCUCUGGGACAGGAGCUGCCCCCUCUACCAGCACUUCUGCCCCCUGGAGCGGGACGUGGACAGCAUGAGUCCUGCACUCUUCGCCCUCACUAUUGUAUCAGGCCAGAACGUGUGUCCCGGGAACACAGCGGGCAGCCCCUGCAUCGAGGUGGACAUCCUGGGCAUGCCGGUGGACAGCUGCCACUUCCGCACCAAGCCCAUCCACCGGAACACCCUCAACCCCAUGUGGAGCGAGCAGUUCCUCUUCCAGGUGUACUUUGAGGACAUGGCCUUCCUGCGCUUCGCGGUGGUGGAAAACAACAGCUCGCAGGUCACCGCCCAAAGGAUCCUCCCACUCAAAGCCCUCAAAGCAGGUUACAGACACUUACAGCUGAGGAACCAGCACAACGAGGCCCUGGAGGUUUCCAGUCUGUUCAUAUACAGCCGGAGAACGGAGGAAAAUCCUACGGGAAACUCCAUACCUGCUUCUGUGCUGUUCAGCACGGAGGAGCGCCGGGCGGUGGCUCAGCACAGGGUGACGGUGCAUGGAGUCCCGGGCCCGGAGCCCUUCACCGUGCUGUCUGUGAGCGAGAAGACCACCGCCAGGCAGCUCCUGAGCACCUUGCUCCCCUCCUCGGCAAAUGCCUCAGACUACUUCCUGUCAGAGGAGAAGGUAUCCCUGUCAAAGGAGAGGAAUGACAGCAAGAAACCACCUCAACAGCGCCCCCUGAUGCCUGAAGAGGAGAUUCUCGCAGCGGUCAACAGCUGGGUCCCGGAGGAGGGCUACGUGGGCAGGAUCUGCCUCAAAACCAAGGAGGAGAACCUAAACGAAAGGAACUCUGUGCCGGAGGGCGUGGAGGAGGUGAGCAGUGGCACGGAGGAUGACACCUUCUUCGUCCAGGUGCACGAUGUCUCCCCCGAGCAGCCUCACACCGUCAUCAAAGCCCCGCGCUACAGCACUGCCCAGGACAUCAUCCAGCAGACCCUGAGCAAAGCCAAGUACUCUUGCAGUAUCCUGAGCAACCCCAACCCCAGUGACUACGUCCUGAUGGAGGAGGUGUCCAAGGAGCCCGCCAACAAGAAGGCGUCCACCGCCAAACCCCUCCAGCGUGUCCUCUUCGACCACGAGUGUGUGUACCAGGCCCAGAGCAAGUGGAAGGGGGCGGGGAAGUUCAUCCUAAAGCUGAAAGAGCAGGUGCAGACGGCUCGCGAGGACAAGCGGAAGGGCAUCUCCUUCGCCAGCGAGCUGAAGAAGCUGACGGGCCGGAGCCGCAGCGUGUCGGGCGGGGCGCACUCGGCGGCCGAGAGCGCGCACAGAAGCUUCUCUGACGGACUGAAGGCCUUGGUGGUGGAGGGCAGGUUGGAGGCAGAGAGACUCAUGGGAAAUGACCCCGCACGACACAGGCCCCGCCCCACAGCCCCCUCCUCACUCCCCUGGCCCUUUCCUCUGCUGCGAAACUGGAAACUGCCCAAAUGAGCCCCUAGCUCCACACAUGGUUUGAAUUUCACCUGAGAGGCAGGCCUAGUGAGGAGGAGGCUCACCCCCCGCUCACCUGCAUUUCCCAGCGGCUACGAGUAGGCAGAUUUUUGGGAUGCGAUGCGGGGCAAGGCAAGCGUCUUCACCCGGGUGCUGCUCCGGCCCCCACAGUGUGGUUGAGGGAGGUUGCGGUGAAGAAGGGAGUGGAACCUUCAGCGGCUCUCUUAAGGGUCAGCCUGUUUUUGCCCCUCCCAUAUAAGGGGCGUCUGGGAAAUUUGGGAGCACUGGGAGGCUG